AUGACUGAUGUUCUGAUUGAGAAAGAAAACGCAAUUAUCGAAGAUUCCGUUGUCAGUGCUAAAAAAGUCAAGCUCAGUGAUCAGGUAUUUUCAUAAAUUUUGUUUAAUAAGUGUUAUAUGCCAGUAAAGACAAAAGAAAACUUGCUCGAUUUUUAUUUAAUUUUUUUUUCAUGGCCAAAAGUAUUUUUUCCUAGGAAGAUCGUUUCAAGAUUCGAUUUGUCAAGUUGAAUGAAAAGGCAGCAAUGCCAACUUGUGGCUCGGCUUCUGCAGCUGGAGCAGAUUUAUACAGUUGUGAAGAUUGCACAGUUCCUGCAAAAGGUGAUAGAUCCCUUGAGCGUUUCUGUAUAAUUCUCAAGUUUGUAGGAAAGCUUUGUGUGGCUACUGGUUUGCAACUAGAGCUUCCUUAUGGAUACUAUGGAAGAGUAGCCCCACGUUCUGGUUUGGCUGCGAAAAACUUUAUUGACGUCGGAGCCGGAGUUAUCGACAGUGACUAUCGAGGCGAGCUCAAAGUUCUCCUCUUUAACUUUGGCGAAGAAGAUUUCAAGGUUUAUGGCGUUUCACUUUUUUUUUCCGCUCUUCAUGUUCUAAAACCAUUCUGGAACUUCGACAUAUUUUCUUAUUUCUGUUUUUAAUUAUAUUUUAGGUGAAAAUUGGCGACCGAAUCGCACAGUUAAUCUGUGAAAAAAUUGCUCACUGUACUUACGAGGAAGUCAGCACUUUGGAAAAAACAGAACGAGGAGAUGGUGGUUUCGGGUCGACAGGAUUGUAA